AUGUCCGGUGCACCAUCUCGUGUCACAUUGCACCUAGGCCAUUUGCCAAGUAAGAAGGAUAUAAAAGUUCCUUGGCCGCGGACACCAUCCAGGGUUGAUCCCAACAAUCCUCCGUGGCCCGCUUAUCGCGGGUACCACGAAUACUCGUUUGCACAUGCCACAAUGGGUGUUCGCCUCCCGACCAUCCUAGGCAAGGCCAUAGAUGACGCCUCACGCACUCUUAAUGAGCAGUCAGCGGAAGAUAAGAUUGUUGACCUCGUGCAGUGUAUCGAGCGCAUGGAUAACCUCAUGUCUGACCUUAGUGGAAAUGCGAAAUUAAGGCCAAUCAUAGAUGAUGGCGAAGGUGACGUUGCCCUGUGGAACAAGGAAAUAGCGAAAUAUUUCCAGGGGAAGGAUUUUAUGAAUGCACCUUGGUUGUUUGCGGAGGCAUACAAAUACCGUCGACUCCAUGAGUGCUUCAGUGUUAGUAAGUACUGGAGUGAUUAUGAUGUAUUCUAUCGUCAAAAAUGUGACACAUUUUCGCGCUCUUCUGAUGCUGUAUUUGAGCUUUCGAUGCGUUUUGCCGAGCCUUUUCAGCAAACUAAAAAUGUUUCAGAUGAAGAAAAAACGGAAACAGAGCGUUUAAUGUUUCUGGAGCUCACGCAAGUGUGCCUAUGGGGAAAUUCAACCGAUCUCUCGCUCCUGAUCAACAUGACGGAAGAGCAGAUAAAGUUGCUGCAAUCGACAGGCGGGGAUCACCUUGCUGCUACAGAAAAAAAUAUUCUGGGAAACCACCUCAAUAAACUUUGGGACACUGUGAAAACCCUCCGUGAAAAGACUGGUGGAAGGGUCGAUUUUGUCCUCGACAAUGCUGGGUUCGAGUUGUACUGCGACUGUGUUUACGCGGACUUUUUGAUUCAAAGUGGCCUAGCGAAACAAAUCAGAUUUCAUGGGAAGCGUUAUCCGUGGUUCGUUUCGGAUGUAACAAAGAAAGACUGGGAAUGGCUGCUCAACACGAUAGUGUACGGACAUCUCUUUCCAGAAACUUCUGAAGCAGAGAGAGAGUCAUUAAGAAGCCUUGGGGCCCGUUGGAAGCAAUAUGAAAAUGACGGUAGGUGGGUAUAUGAACAGCACCCGUUUUGGUGUACUGGGUACACCUUCUGGGAUUUGCACAGCGAAGCACCAGAUCUUUUCCUGCAUCUCUCGCGUUCAGAUCUUGUCAUUUUUAAAGGCGACUUGAAUCACCGCAAAUUAACUUACGAUUGUGCUGCCCCCGCAAGUACACCAUUUGAGAUCGCGAUCGGCCCAAUGGCAAGCGCGGCGGGUGCACCUAAAGUGUGCAGCCUGAGAACAAUCAAGAGUGACGUCGUCGUUGGCCUGGGAGAUACUGGAGAUGAAAUAGCGGAAAAACUAGACAAAGAAGAGCCCGGCUGGAAAAUUAGUGGGAAAUACGCUAUUGUCCUUCUUUCACAUGGCCGUCCAGGGGAAAAUGUGCGCUUUGCUUAA